GCAAUUUAGUUUUGUGGUUCAAAGAGUGCUUGUAGAAAUAAAAAGUGAAAAAGAAGAAGAAUUAUAACAAUUUCAAAUAGUGAAUUGAAUAAAGAAGUUCUAUCUAUUGUGGUUGAAUAUGGAUAUUCAAGGGCGAAGAAAACUUCGAAUCAGGAAAUCAACACGACCAACACUGAACUCAAAUUUAUCGCAAGAUGAUGUUAUCCAGAAAAAUUUAGAACCACUAAAGCAGAACAUACAAAAGAAGAUUAGAGCUCAAGAAGCAUACUAUCAAAAUUGUAACAAUGUAUCAGUAAGUCCAAUGACUCAUGACAUUAAACCACCAGUUCAACAGCGUUUAGGCAGAAAAGUACCAUUCACAGGUACCAAUACGUCGAUGGUUCCACCAAAAAAACGGUUAUAUAAAAACACCUUGAAUAGCUCGAUAUUGAAAAAGAAACACCUCAAACGAAACCAUGCCCAAAUAAGACUAAAUAAGAUUAGAGAAAAACAAAGAUAUGAAAGUAUGAUGGCGAACAAUCUAACAGGACCUAGAAAAAUUAAGAUUCACGGUAGAAUACCUAAUGCCAUCAUACCAAAUUUCAAGGUACAAAUUAGAAACAAUGGUAACAUUACCAAUAAUGGUAUAAUUGGAUACAAAAGGCAUAAGAUAUCACUUGAUAGUGAAAUACAAAUAGCAAUAAAGCAAUUAGAGACUUUGUAUACAGGCGAAAAAAUUGUUAUACUUAAAGUUAAACCUAAAGCCACGACCAUUUCACUGAAUGACAGAUUUACUAAUUUAGAUUAAAGUUGACAAUCCUCAUUAUUUUUAAGUUUAAUAUAGUUAAGCUCUAUUUUGUAAAAUAUAUUAUAAUUAACAUUUGAAAUUAAUGCUGAAGUUGUCUUUUUAUUUAAAGAAUUGUGAUGUUUGUUUACAAAUUAGUUUUUUAAAUAUCAGUUUUCUUACAUGCGAAUAUAUUUCUUUAAGGUUGAUGUCAUUUUUCAUAUUAAAACCUUUGAAAAAAGAAGUGGCUGACUACAUUUUGGAACUCAGAGAUAUUUAGAGAAAUUCUGUAACAUUUAUAGGUUUUAGACAAUUACACCAUUAGGAUGUAGAAAGUGGAAAUAAAUAAGUUAAUAUGUUGAGCAGAUAUUUGAAAAUUUUUAUUGUUCAUAACAUGAGAAACAUGUAUCACAAGUAAUAAUUGAAUGCUCUAAGCAAAAAUUUAGGCAUUUAUUAAAGCUGUAUUCAAAAGUGAAAAAAACACUAUCAAUGGCCACCUAUACCUUUAGUUAACUUAUGAAAAGUAUUUAUUUCCUGAAGAUUGGUCAAUGUAAUAUUGCAAAAAGCAACAAGGUUUUCCUUUUUUUUAGGAAACAAGAGUUACAUCUUUUUAAAAGGCGAAUAUAGAUAAAUUGGCGGAAAUGCUUCCAAAAUAUUCGCAUGGAGUGAAGAUCUCUAAGCAAUUUUCCACAAACAUGUCAAAUAUUGCUCCUAUCGGGGCAAGCUUAUCCAAACGUUUCCCUUCCUCUCGGCUUUUGUUGGUAUCAAAUCGUAAACAUUGUAGUAAUAUUCUGAACCUCUUUAGGCACAUUGUUACUCUGAAAAUAUCAGCACCCAAGCCAUGAGUGGACCAUAAGUUGUCUAAAUUUUAUUUCCUCCAUUUCAGAACACCAGAUAAAUAUAGAAGCCCUAGCAGAUCUUUCAGUUCAUCUAAGACUGGUAAAGAACAAAAAAAAAAGAAUCUGGAUAAACAAAAUUUACCUUUGAAAAUAUUUAACAGAGAAAAAGUGAAAUAUGAUCUUUUCUCAAAUUCAAAGGAAAAGUUAAUAUUGAAGAUGAAGUAAAAUUAUUGCUAGCGCGAGAAAUUCUUUAAAGGCUGCUUGACGUGAUGCAAGGCAACGUGCAAUGCAAAACAAGAUGCAAUAUUUCUUGAUCAAAAGUUUACUUUAUUAUUCCCGGGAGAAAUGAAUUUGUCUUUCGCCAACGAUUUCUUAGAUCUUUUUAAUGUUUCUUCAUCCAUUCACAACUAAUUUUUGUAUGUUUUCUCGUCUAAUUCUAUAGCUAAACUCUUGUUUCCCCUUGUUCUAUCUAGCCAGGACCUGGCCCACCAUCGCCUAUGUGCUCUUUUCUGUCCAUCACACUCCAUAAGCAAGCUAGCAGAAGAUAUAAUUAUUGCCAGUGAUGCACUGACCACUUUUUUAUGUUUACUUUACCUAGUUUGGUUAUUUUCAUUUUUAAACUGCACACUAAUAUUAAAUAAAAUGUAAUAUUUAUUUAUGCAAAAUAUUGACCUUGCAAUAAAUUGCACUACUUUCUAGUAAUAAUGGUCCUUCAUUAUGAAAAAAGUGAAACUUUACACAAUUUCUCAUAAGCCUAUGUACUAAAUUCUUUAUAAAAUUAUGUAUGUAAUAUACAGGAUGUUCCGAUAAGAAAAUAAAAAUGUACAGGUUGUUCCAAUAAGAGUGGUCCUUGGCCUUAUCAGGAAUUGACUACAAUAGAUCUCCUGAAAAAAUUUCAAUUGCGAGUCUGCACGAUUAUAAUUUAGAGCUUUUUGCCCCAGUUUUCGAUUGGUAUACCUAUUUCAUAAUAUCUGAUAGUACGGCAUCUGUAAAAAGGAGUUGCCAACACUCAAGUGAUUCUUUGGGAUCUUGAAAAGGACCUUUCACGCCUGGCAAAUGAAUUAAUUAUAUUUUCAGAUCUUUUUUUAUCUUUAAAUCAUUAUUGUGUUCCUCAGAUUCAGUUAUAUCCAUGUCUUCAGUUAUUUCUUGUUAGGUGUCAGAUUUCUCACUUUCGUGGUCUUCUUCUGCUUCUGAGCCCGAUUCUAUGUCUGAACAAUGUUCUGUUACCUCCCAUAACUUCAAUAGACACUUGUUUGACACUAAAAUACUACUAAAUGUACAGUGGGAGAUGCUGUGAACGCGGUAAUAAACUUGAAUAUAUCUCCUACAACAGUCCGUUGUUUACUGAUAUGUUGCUGCACGUUAACAAGUAUAAAACGAAUGUAUUAAGCAUAUAUAGCCAAGCACCACUAUUCUUGAAACUUUUCAGUUUCGGAUGCCACAAACAUAUUUCUGUUUGCAAAAUUUCGCGAAACGCAAUUACUUUCUGGAUACCCCACUCCAUAGCCAUAGUACGUAUUUCAAAAAUAAACACGUGCGAUCUCGUGGCCCACACGACGCAUACUAAAAAUACGUAGUGUGGCCGCUUCAUGGCAUUAAUUCUCGCAUUAAUCUCUUUUACUUGAAUUAUCGUCUAACGGCAAUGUUAAUGCCGUUGUUAAAUUAUCGCUUCAAGUCGUGGCUACACCUACGAUGAACGCGAUAAUUAAUGGCAUUUCUCGUUAGUAUGGCCCCAAAGUUAAUAGGUAACAUUGAAAGUGAGUUUUCCCAGAAUAUGAAUUUUAAUGAUAUACUUAAAAAUUUUGCCACAAUUAAAUCGAGAAAGAAGUUUAUUAAAUAAAAAUUUCAUUUAGUUUAUGAAAUAAGAUUUGAAUUUAUUUUUACUUAUAAUUUAUAUUUAAUUUUAAAGUAAUAUAUAACGUUUAAAAGAG